CUGGGAGACUCUUAUUACCGGGGAAACGUGGCAGAUUCACAAGCGUCUAUAAGAAUAUUGGAUCCGUGUAAAACGGAAAGUACAAGUCACUCCAAGCCCACGAGUCCAAAGACCAAUCAAUACUCAAAGUUUAAGCAACCCACGAAGUUGUCACGUUUGCUCUUCUCUCUCCGAGUCUGACUUUAAAUUAUUCAGACACUCUCUGAUCAAAGUUUGCACCUUUCUGAGUUUCCCAUAAGAAACAUCGACCAGAUCAGUUAAGUAGAAGAGAGAAUCAAUGAUCUCCGGCGACACAAAGCCCAAAGCGAUGCCAACACCAGAAGAAGACCCACCAAGCCAAUCAAUCGCACUUCUCCACAACAACAACAACAACAACUCAGACUCUUCCACCAACACCAACACUGUCUCAAGCUGCUUCAUCUUCACAUCUCUCCUCAUCAUCACCUGCAUCGCUCUCUCCGCCGCCUCCGCCUUCGCCUUCCUCUUCUUCUCCUCUCCCCCCGCAACAAAACCCCUCCUCUCCCUCAACCAAGUCUCAAAGUCCCAACCUUUCCACAGACCCGUCGCCCGCCCCCUCAAGAAACUCCACAAGCCCGUCGUCCUCCUCAUCUCCUCAGACGGCUUCCGCUUCGAGUACCAACACAAGACCAACCUCCCCAACAUCCACCGCCUCAUCGCCAACGGAACCGAAGCCGAAACCGGUCUAAUCCCGGUUUACCCGACCCUAACUUUCCCCAACCACUACUCCAUCGUCACAGGCCUCUACCCAGCUCACCACGGCAUCAUCAACAACAGGUUCGUCGAUCCAGUUACAGGGGAAGUCUUCACAAUGGCUAGCCACGAGCCGGAAUGGUGGCUAGGCGAGCCGCUGUGGGAGACAGUAGUAAACCAAGGACUCAAAGCCGCUACUUACUUCUGGCCUGGCUCUGAGGUACACAAGGGGGCUUGGGACUGUCCUAAAGGCUUAUGUCAAGUUUACAACGGUUCUGUUCCUUUUGACGAUAGGGUUGAUACUAUCUUAAACUACUUCGAUUUGCCUAGUAGCGAGAUUCCUAGUUUUAUGACGCUUUACUUCGAGGAUCCGGAUCAUCAGGGUCAUCAAGUGGGCCCUGAUGAUCCUAGGAUCACUGAAGCUGUGGUUAACAUCGAUAGGUUGAUUGGUAGGUUGAUAGAUGGGUUGGAGAAGAGAGGGGUGUUCGAGGAUGUGACUAUGAUUAUGGUUGGUGAUCAUGGAAUGGUUGGGACUUGUGAUAAGAAAGUGAUCGUUCUCGAUGAUUUAGCUUCUUGGAUCGAUAUCCCUGCCAGCUGGGUUCAUUACUACACUCCUAUGCUAGUGAUUAAGCCUCCUAAAGGUCAUAACCCGGCUGAUGUUGUGGCUAAGAUGAACCAAGGCUUGGGGUCGGGGAAAGUGGAGAACGGGGAGUAUUUGAAGGUUUAUCUUAAAGAAGAUUUACCUAGCAGGCUUCAUUAUGUAGACAGCGACAGGAUCCCGCCUAUUAUAGGAAUGGUUGGUGAAGGGUUCAAGGUUGUGCAGAAGAGGAGUAAAGCUAAAGAGUGUGGUGGAGCUCAUGGGUAUGAUAAUGCCUUCUUUUCGAUGAGGACUAUAUUCAUGGGGCACGGUCCUAUGUUUGCGAAGGGGAGGAAAGUGCCUUCUUUUGAGAACGUUGAGAUAUAUAAUGUCAUUAGUACGAUUUUGGGACUCAAGGGUGCACCGAACAAUGGUUCUGAAGGGUUUCCUUCAAACGUUUUAUUGCCAAGGGCGUAAGCAGAGGAAAUGUAAGUUUCAUUCUUCUGUCGAAUUAAAGGCAUCCAACAUAAACGCAUGUUGGUUUGUUACAGACAAUUUAUGCGCUUUGAUUAUGUUGGUUUGUACGAUUUUAACAAGAUAUUUUUUGGAGUCUGUAAUUGUCAGAACUUGUCUUAGA